AAUUUGCGCAAAAUCUUAGCCUUGUAAGCCGUUAGGCAUAAAUAGCACCAUGCGCGGCGUUGCUAGCGACAGCCUGCGAGCCAGCCUGCGCCGCACGUCGGCGCGCUGCCUGGCGCACGCGCGGGCGCCCUUCUCCCCCAGACCCAGCCAUGCCGCGCCCUCGCCCUCGCUGCGGACACCCGCCCACGGCAGUAGCAGCACAGCUACAGCCGCCGCGGCGUACGGCACCGCCAGCAGUAACAGCAGCAGCAGCAGCAGCACUAGCAGCAGCAGCAGUAGCAGCACCCACACUGACGGCUCGCCGGUCCUGGAAAUCCCGGACACUGUGGGGCCGCCGCCACCGGCGCCGGGCCCCGGGGUGAUGGUGGCCUACUACGCCGACCACUGGAAGGUGCCGCUGCCCGAGGGCCACCGCUUCCCCAUGCUCAAGUACGCGGCCACUCGGGCGGCGCUGCAGCAGGACGGCUCUCUGGAGGGGCGGCUGGCGCUGCGGCCGGCGGCGCCCGCGGCACUGGAGGACCUGGCGCUGGUGCACUGCCGGCAGUACGUGGAGAGGUUCAGGCUGAACGCCAUGACGGAGCCCGAGAUGCGCAACGUGGGCUUCCCCUGGAGCCCGCAGCUGGUGGGGCGCACCUUCAGCAGCUGCGGCGGCACCGUGGCCGCCACACACCUGGUCAUGCAGCAGGGCCGGGGCAUUGCGGGCAACAUCGCGGGCGGCACCCACCACGCCUUCCGGGACCGCGGCGAGGGCUUCUGUGUGUUCAACGACAUCGCAGUGGCGGCGCGCGUGGCCAUGAGGGACUACGGUCUGGACUCCAUCCUGGUGCUGGACCUGGACGUGCACCAGGGCAACGGCACCGCCGACCUGUUCCAGGGGGAACCCCGGGUCACAACAUUCGACAUGUUCGGCGACAAGAACUACCCCUGGAAGACACGGCGGCGCAACACGCACGACCUGCCCCUGCCCGACGACACCGGCGACGAAGAGUACCUGGGCCUACUGAGGUCCUGGCUGCCCCGCCUGCUGGCCGACCACCGCCCGCAGCUCAUCCUGUUCCAGGCGGGCGUGGACGCACUCAAGGGCGACAGCUUCGGCCGCCUGGGCCUGAGCCGCGGCGGACUGCUGGCGCGCAACAACCUGGUGUACGGCACGGCGCUGGAGGCGGGCGUGCCGCUGGUGGUCACCAUGGGCGGCGGCUACACGCGGCCCAUGGACGCCAGCGUGGCCUGCCACACCGACGUCUACCGCACCGCCGCCUACAGACUCAGCGCCUGGGAGCAGCAGCGGCAGCAGCAGCAGCAGCAGCAGCAACAGAGGGUGGAGGGGAGAGGCGCACGAGCAGAGGCGGCCGCGGCGGCGGCGGCGGCCGCGUCGAGCGGGCAGCAUUAGAGCGUACGGUGUGUGUUGUGUGAGGUGCGAGGUGUGUUAGAGAGCUCGAGAGAAGGCAGCAUGCAGGCCAGUCUGAGUGAGGGUUGAGUGGCAGGGUUCCGCAGAUGCUAUAACUUGCGUAAACCUAACUCGACAAGUCUUUAGCACCAGCUUGCAUGGUCAGCAGGUGUGCUGAUUAGACAACCAACGCAUGGAGGGUGGGUGUGUGAUGGGACAGGGUUUAGGCCGGAGAGUGGGUGUCACUGAUGUCGUCGUGUGAUCGUGUGGGGCAGCGCCGCCAGGGCCGCUAGGGCCCAGGGGGUGUACGGCUCAUCGGCAACGGCAGGCAGGCAGUGGUGUGUGCGAGCGGCACGAUGUGACUGACCAAGAUCGUGCCUGCACAGCGCUACAGUAGGCUGCCGUGAAUUCCAUGCAGUGAUUGAGCGGGAGUGCGGGACACCAGCGGUGAAGCACCGCACGACGUGACGGCCCGUGUGUGAUGGGCGGGCGUUGAUAGCCCGUGGCAUAGCGUGGCAUAGCCUGGACGGACAGGCCGUGGCCGACUGGUAUUGGGCCAUUUAGAUGGGCACUUUGGGUAACUACCGCCAUGAGCUCGGUCCAGGAAGCUUGCGUGGCUGUGCAAGGAUUAGGGUGUCGGACGCAUUGGAAGGGGGCCCCCUGAUUCCGGCACGCCACGCAACCCUCGACUCCAACGCUCAA